AUGUCUUAAUAAUUUUAUAACAAAUACAGGCACUUGUUUGAUGAUGAAACGCUUGAUAAAGUCAAGUUUGGAUAAGAUAUCUAGAUGAUGCCACAAUAAUAAUAAAUUCCCUAGUUUAAAAUGUAUCAGCAAUAACCAAAAUAUUAACAACAAUAAUCUCCAAUAAAGUAAGAAUCACCAUUUAAAAUUGUGCAACCUCAAUCUUAAUUCGCAUAGCCUUAAGUUUAAUCUUUUUAAGCUUCAUCAUAAGAGAAAUCAAUAAUGAGUAGAAAGAAUUUUAAUGAUGAAAGAAUAAGAAAAUAAGUUAUGCAAGAUAAUAUUUUUAAAUAACCUACAUUAGAAUAACGAUAGUCUGAUCGAGUUUAUUAAAUGAAUUAACCGCAAUAAAUAUAACAUUCAGAAUAACCACUUCAAGAGAGAAAAUUUUAAUAGUAGACUUAUAACGUGUUUUAAGAUUAAGAUAUUUUAGAUGAUUACGCUCCUAAGAGAUAAAGAUAAUAAGUUUAACCAUCAAAUGAAAACUAAUAGAUUAACAAUAUUCAUAAAGUGUAUCUAUAGAGAUUGUAAAAUUGAAAAUAUAUUCUUAGAAAUGAUCUUGAUUAUAUAAGGAAAAAAUAUCUAGAUCCGAAACAAUUGGCAAGAGAUAUCGAUUAAAACAAUCCAUAUAAAGCCGCUUUGAUGUAGCGUAUUUUGGCAUAAAUGAAUGGAACUCAAAGGAAAAGCAGAUUAAAAGAAGUUUUAAGAAAUUGA